AUGAACGCGCAGCAGGAAGAUCGCGAUGCCGACUUACGCGCCCGAGAAUUGUUCCAUUAUUUCCAACCGGACAACCCGGCUCUAAUGCCAACCGGCCAGCACGCGAAGCGAUCAUGCGAAAACCCCACUAUUCAAAAAUCAAGUCCAAACCUGGUGUUGACGGCUCUGGCACAAUUGGCCGCAUUAAAGCUGGGGGUUCAACGAACAGUUAUCAGUCUGAUUGAUCGGGAAACACUUUAUGUGGUAGCAGAAGCCUCGCGGUCGCUGGAUUUGGCAAACAAUGACCGGCAUGAGAGACAUGGCGAUGGCCUCUGGGUGGGCUGUUCGCGAGGACCCGUAGCGGGAUCUCUGUGCGAGAAAACCAUUACCUUAAAUGCCUCGGACGGAAAGCAUGCGUUCUUCGUCGUAGAGGAUUUAAAGCAGCAUCCGACCUAUUCCAAUUUACCCUGCGUCGCAAAAGAUCCGCAUUUCCGGUUCUACGCUGGUACACCCCUGAAAACCGUUAAUGGGAUCAAUAUUGGCAGUUUAUACGUGAUUGAUCCUCGACCCAACCGCCGUUUGGGCGAUUCUCACAAAGAAACACUUGGAAAUAUCGCGGAUGCGGUGAUGGAGUAUCUGGAGACCUCUCGGCAGUCAUUAGAGGCUAAUCGCUUGACGAAGCUAUUGGCUGGCUUGAAUACUUUCGUACAAGGUGCAUCCAGUUCAGAUACCCCGCGCGACUCAACUAGGCACAGCCCCGGCCAAUCGGACUGUCUCCCAUCGUAUUCACCAUGCGACCCUCAUACUCCUGACACCGAGGUUGAGGAAUAUACGUUCAAGGCCAGGAGCAGAAGCCCACCACUGGUUUCGUCGACUCAGCCAAAUGCACCUGACGUUGUUACUUCUGGCAUCAUUCCAUCUACAACUCGCAAAUUUUUACCAAAAUCGAAGGCAGAACGGUGCCCGGGAUUUAACGACAACAAAUUACAGCGGACUUUUCAAUGUGCUGCCAACAUCAUGCGAGAAAGCUUGGAUCUGGGCUCAGACGGUGGUGUGGUGAUUGUUGGCACCGGUGAAGAUAUCGAUCAAGAUUUGUACGAUCACUCAGACGGGGAAAAGGAGAAAAAACUGGUCAAAUUAUGGGCGAUUUCGGACACCAAACAUCAGCCCCAUGAAACCAAGGAAGAAAUCGUUUCAUAUCCAGCAUCACAGAUGGAAUCAAAAUUUGUACGCCGAAUGAUACGACAUCACCCACGCGGCGGCCUAUGGUAUUUGCAUUACCAUGGAGGAGCCUUUUCAUCCGAUGAGGAUGGAAUCAGUUCGGGGAGCAUAAAGGAUGCUCCCAACCCCUCCCAACCUCCACUUUCAGUACAUCCAGAGUCGCUCAAAUCGUUGCGCGAGAAGGAUCUCCAAUCAAUAAGAAAGAAUUUCCCCAAUGCGACCAGAAUUAUCUUCGCGCCUCUAUGGGACUCACUUAAUUCGCGAUGGUUCGGUGGUGCCUUUUGUUGGAGUCGAGCCGAGACUCGAGUGUUCAGUGCACAUGUCGAUCUGGGUGGACUCUUUGGAUUUGGCUCAUCCCUAAUGGUCGAGCACAGUCGUAUUCAGAGCCAAGAAUCGGCUAAGCAAAAGGGCGAUUUUAUUAGUACCAUGUCACAUGAGUUACGAAGCCCAUUGCACGGCAUCUUAGCAUCUAACGAAUUACUCCUCGAUCACGUGGAUUCAGACUUCGCGAAGCGGCUUCUUGACACGAUCCGUGCUUGUGGUCAAACCCUCCUUGAAACCUUUGAGCAGAUCUUAGAUUUCACCAAAAUCAACUCCUUUGAAAGGGAACUAUCAAGAUCUCGCUCGCCCCACCAACGUCUCCAACGUGGUCGGCCGCAGACAUUACACAUCGUCAAGCUAGUCGAUGUCCUUGCAGUCGUUGAGGAGGCUGUUGAAAGCGUUUGCUCCGGACAGCACCUAUCAAGUAUCAUGAAUGGAGGCAGUGCAUCUGCCCGACUAUGGCAGUUGGAUCCGAUGGAUGAUACCAUGAGAGAAUCGCAAACCAUCGACGGCGAACAAGUGGACGUGUUUCUUGAUGCUGCACCCCAGGACUGGCUUUAUGUAUUGGAACCAGGUGCUUUGAGGCGCGUCGUGAUGAAUGUAUUCGGAAAUGCAUUAAAGAACACGGACGUAGGAUCUGUUUCGCUCCAUCUUGAGACUCAGAAGUCAAAGAACGACUGCCCAGUGCUCCUGAUAACAGUUUCCGAUACGGGCAGGGGCAUCUCAAAUAACUACCUUCGUUCCAAUAUCUUUACUCCGUUUUCACAAGAGAACCCAAUGUCACCUGGUGCGGGGCUGGGUCUCUCACUCGUCCGAGGUAUACUUCGUUCACUGGGUGGAAGCAUUACAAUUAAAAGUCAACUCGGCGUGGGUACAGUGGUGAAGAUCACGUUCCCUCUUACAUAUCCUCAACAACGCCAGAUUUCUGAAACCAAGUCUCCCGUUCCGGGCUUGUCGCCACCCACUAUGACAUCUAUUGACCGUGUUACCACAGAGCUGGAAGGGAGGAGGGUAUUCUUUUAUCCCACCGCCAAUUUCCAAUCCAGCAAGCCGUCAUCACCUCAUAUGAUCAAACAAUAUCUGACCAAAUGGUUCGGCAUGGCUAUUGGGGAUCAGCCUCUUCCUACCGCGUCUGACUUGGUGGUUGUUGACGAGCGUCAUUUGGAUCAAAUCCCCAAAGUCUAUCGUCAUGCCCUACUUUUGGUCCUGUCUCAUCGAGGCUCUAGCCCAUUGUCAACGGAGACUUUGAUGAAAGAGCGACUGGUCAACUCAAUAUGGCUGACUCUUCCGUGUGGGCCUCACCAACUAGCCAGGACGCUUUUGAGCUCCCUUCAAAAUUUACGGCCAAGCAAGGCCUAUACGUCCGAUAGCACGGCGAAAUCUGUUCAACGUGACACAGAUUUGGACUCAGACUCAACUGAUCCGCGAACAAAGAUGGCUCUCCUUCGGCAGCAUGAAGUACGGCCCAAAUCAAGUGAUUCAUCUCCGUCGGUCACAUCAUCUACCCCAAAUGAAGAAAAUAUGAAGCCCAGAAUUACGGACCUUCACUUGCCAGCUCAUAUUGGGAAUGAUGCCAAGGAAACCCAUGUUUCCUCGCUGACUGAAGUAAAAGAUGGGCUUCGAAUCCUCUUGGUAGAGGACAACGCUAUAAACCUCGCCCUACUCAAAAGGUUUAUCUCAAAAGUACCAACGCAAGAACUGCACUGCGCCGUAAACGGCGCAAACGCCGUUGAAUUAGUACAGAAAAUGCCACAAGGCUAUGAUUAUGUCUUCAUGGACAUGUCUAUGCCUAUAAUGGACGGAUUCGAGGCAAGCAAAGAAAUUCGAUUGAUAGAAACAAAGCGGCAGACCGUGUCUCCUACACGCAUAAUCGCGCUCACCGGUCUAGGGUCGGAUGAACAUAUCUCAAGAGCUUAUGCGGCAGGCGUUAAUGUCUUCCUCCGAAAGCCGGCCUCUCUCAAGGAAAUAAUGACCGUGCUGGGCGAGUGA